AGAUGAGCAGUCAAAACAGUGGUAUCACUGCCAGCCAGCAUUCCAACGUCGUCUGCAUGGCACGCUCGCAGGAGAUCGAUCUAACGGCACGCUUUUCUAAGCAAAUGGCGCAGCUUUGCAUGUCACCGGACUACUCGGAUGUAAUGUUCAUCGUGGAGAAGCAACGUAUACCGGCGCAUCGUGUCAUACUAGCCGCUCGAAGCGAAUACUUCCGUGCGCUGCUGUACGGUGGGAUGCAGGAAACGAAGCAGGACGAAAUCACACUUCACAUCCCACUGACUGCGUUUAAAUCGUUGCUGAAGUACAUCUACUCCGGCAGCAUGUCGCUGGUGAAUAUGAAGGAAGAGCAUUUGCUGGAUACCCUGGGGCUAGCGAAUCAGUACGGAUUUGCCGAUUUGGAGAUGGCCAUAUCGGAUUAUCUGCGGCAGGUGCUUUCGCUUAGCAAUGUUUGCGCUAUUUUAGAUGCAGCCCGAUUGUUUGCAUUGGACGGAUUGACCAGCGUGUGCUACACGUUUAUGGAUCGGAAUGCGGCGGAAAUUUUGCAGCACGAAUCAUUUCGCAACUUGUCACUGGAUUCGCUAAGUAGUUUGCUGAUGAGGGAUUCGCUGUUUGCAAGAGAGGUGGAAAUAUUUCAAGCUGUGUUCGAUUGGUGCCGAAGCAAUGCGGACAGCGUGGAAAAUGUGGAUGUAGUGGUUGAAAAGGUCCGAUUUGCGCUGAUGUCUCUGGAGGAGCUUUUGACCGUGGUACGUCCGUCCGGCAUACUCGAUCCGGAACGUUUAUUGGAUGCGAUUGCGGAGAAGGUGUCCUCCAAGCAACUACCCUACCGUGGCGCACUGUUUCCGGAAGAAAAUGUUGCAACACAGCAGUUUAAUUCGUGCACAAUUCACGGUGAAUUACGGUCCGCCCUGCUGGACGGUGACACCGUAUCGUACGAUAUGGAGAAAGGCUACACGCGGCACUCGAUUGGCGAAAAGGGCGAUGGUGGUGGAAUAAUUGUUGAGCUGGGUAAAUUGUUCAUAAUCAACCACAUUAAGGUGCUGCUUUGGGAUCGAGACACCCGUUCGUACAGCUACUACAUCGAGGUAUCGGUCAACCAGCGAACCUGGGAGCGGGUCGUGGACCACACGAAGUACUACUGUCGUUCUUGGCAGUACCUGUACUUCCCAGCUCAAGCCGUCCGUUUUAUACGACUCGUCGGUACGCACAACACGAUGAACAAUGUGUUCCACGUCGUUGCCCUGGAAGCCAUGUACACCGAGACGACCACACCGGUAGUGGACGGUAUACAGCAACCGACAUUCAACGUCGCCACGGUCGAACGUAGUGCAACCGUGGUGGAAGGUAUAAGCCGAACUCGCAACGUGCUGCUAAAUGGUGAGGUGAAAAAUUACGACUGGGAUUCGGGCUACACUUGCCAUCACAUCGGCACGGGCGUGAUACUGAUACAGCUGGGCCAACCGUACUGGAUCGAUUCGAUGCGACUGCUGCUGUGGGACUGUGACAAUCGAUCUUACAGCUUCUACAUCGAGGUGUCGGUAGAUAUGAAAGAUUGGGAAAUGGUGGUAGACAAACAGUCGGAUCAUCUCAAGUCCUGGCAACACUUUUCCUUCCAACCGAGGGUGGUCGUUUACAUACGCAUCGUUGGGACGCACAACACGGCAAACGGAAUAUUCCAUCUCGUACACUUCGAGUGUCCAUCACAGGAUCCGGAAUAUUUAAGCUGCGAACGAAGCGUUUCCGCAUCGGUCAAUGAAUUGCCGUCGCCUGGCACUGAACAACUAGAUACGCAAGAAGCUUCACCAACCGACUGA